AUGGAAUCACAUUGACUGACGUCACCAUCACGCCACGCCCAUAGAUAUAUAUGUACACACGUCUGUGGAGAAGAACAGCACGCUACACGCUACACAUACCAUUCCUGUGUUGUCGUGUCGUCUUGCUGAAGGAAGGACACCACUGGUCUGUUUCCCGCCCCCGGCUGGCAACGAGUGACGGUCUCUCUUCCUGGCAGAGCGACCAUCAGCUGUUCCCACCCCGAGCUGGAAACAGCCAGUGGUACCAUACGUACGAUGAUCUGUCCGAUCACACAUCCGCAGCACAGCAGCCACUCAACUCACCCCUCCGUCCCUCUCUCAGACGCUGGCAUAUCCAUAUCUGGUUGGGAAGGCCACAUCGGGCGGCUGCAUGCCCGCCCGACGCAUCACACUGCGCACGGUUGCAGCUAGGGUGUUGAGGACGGUGCCGACGAUCUUGACCAGGAAGGACAGGAAGUCCUGCAUCAGAGCCGGCACCUCUCGCCAAAACCUGCAGACACCAACAUGACAUCACACCGAUGAGAAGGACGGAUGGAUGUGUCUGGAGGGUCUUCUGAGGGUGUGCCGCUUACUUGAUGUGCGGCACCGCAUCCAGGCCUGAAGACAGCCAGACAUAGGAAGGAAGACGGCAAUGAACGAAACGCAGUGUGUGGUGAUCUGUUUGUCGUCCGUUCCCCCACCUACCUUGCAUCUCAUAUAGCGAGACAUUGAUGUAAGUCCCGAAUCCGAUGUAUAGGGCAAAGAGACAUAUCGCGCUGCACAAAGGAGGGAGAGGAGGACACACAACGUGAGAUGACAACCGCCGCUGCAUGUUCGUCUUGUCUGUCGGCUGCCUCACAAGAAUACGAGGUGGCUGAUAGACGACAGAAUGCCCCCAUGAUGAUGAUGCCGGUGCAUGUGCAUGCCGUGCUGGUCAUGGGUGGCGUCGCGCAGCUGCCGGUGCUGCUGCUGCUGGUCUCCCGUCUGCGGUGCGACAGGCAGCCCGACUGACGGCUGCGACAGGCUCACCAUCCCUGCAGGGCCAUUCGGGGCUCCCUGCACACCUGGCGUCAUCCGAAUAAAGCAGCCUGGAAUCGACAGAUGGAGGGAGAGAGAGACCAGCAGUGGGUGUGUUAGGUGCGUGUUGGUGGCUUGGCUACCGUGUUGGGACUUGAUUUUCAGCUCGUACAUGCAGAAUGACAGCUCCUCACAAGUGUGGAAAAGCGGCGUCGACGCGUUGGGGUCGCACUCGAUGUGCACUGCCACCUGAACACACAACACACGUACAGCCGUACACACACGUCACGCGUGUCAGCGUCGCCUUGUGUUGCGUUUUCGGGCGCACGCACUUUUCUGGGCCCGCCGGUGGUCUCGCAGGUCUCGCCGCUGCUGUAUUCCAUACGAAUGCCCUUGAGCGGAUCAUACGGAUCUGAUACACACAGAUGCACGGAGAGGGAGAGAGAUCUGGUGUGCGGGGCAGGUGCUGUGGUAUUUGAACCCCGCACCCACCGAUGAGCUGUGUGGUGCCUGCGUCUUCGGUCUUGACGAGUACGGCCUGGCAUGUCUGCUGCACAAUGCCCACCGCACCCAUCGCCUCCGUCAGCGGAUUGAUCAGGAACUGGUUCACCGUCCCAUCCUGCAGACAGACGACACACACGUGCGGCGAGCAGUGACAUCAACCAUCGGUGCUUUCUCCCCCUCUCUUCGCUGACCGACCUUUCCAUUGCAUUUCUGGUGGACGGGUCUGCACAUGUUCAUCACGUAGCGAUAGCUCUGGCGCUCACACGAAAAGUCCGGUGUGCUCGACGGCGCCAACAAAGACAGAUCCCACCUGCAGACAUCACAUCCACACACAGACGCAGAACCUUGAUUGGAGAGGACACGCCCAACUCUGCCAUCCUUGCGUACAUGUAAGUGUUGCCAUCCUGUCCCACGAUGUCGACGGCAUGCAACUUCGCACAGUGGUCGUGUUGGUUGUGAUAGCUGCUGUGAUGUUGCCACCCGUGGUGGAGCGGAUAGGACAGCUGACUCGCUGCCAUCGCCAUGCCCUCGCCAGCAGCGACAUCCACAAGCGUCAAGAAAGCCAGGCUCCGCCACCACACGAUGAAUAGAAGCGCACGAGGGCGCGGCGCACCCGCCGCUACCAACAUCUCUAGCGCUGCUGGAUGAAACCGCGAAGAUCAGCGCAAUGGCAUGCUGCGGAAGCGAUGAACCGAGGUGGAUCUUACGACGGCAACGCGAUGGAGAGAGCAG